AGGACUGAUAGGCGCGCAGGGCGACAUGGCUCCCCGCCCUUUCCUGCCUCGGUGUGGCGGCGGGGAAAGAGGGCGGUUCGACCUUUAGAGGUGGAAGGAGGUCUGAGGAGGGAGUGUGUUGUGUCAGUAAUGUUAUAGAUUCUCCUAUCCAAGGCAUUCCAUCUGCUCUUGCUUUUGCUGCUCCCAACAAGACUGUGGACUUGUUUGAGAUGAUUGAAAAAAUGCAGAACUUGCAUGAUGGAAGAGCUAUACACAAAUUGUUUCAUUCUUUUCAGAAUUAUGAUUUUGAGAGAAAAUCAAAGUUGCAUAAAGGGGAGUCGUCUGGAUGAACAAAGAUGUUCCCUUCCAGCUCCUCUCAAGACAGAAGAAGAGUAUAUUCCUUACCCCAGCAUCCAUGAGGUAUUACAGAAGGGGUGGCCAUAUCCCCUCAUUAUCUUACCCCAGUUUGGGGGCUACUGGAUUGAAGGGACAAGCCACAACCUCUCCAGUCCAGCUCUGUCUGAUGUACCCUUUCCCUGGAGUGUUAAAGUGAAACUGGAGAGCGACCCCACAGCCAAGCUAUACCGCAAGCAUUUCCUAGGGAAGGAGCACCAGAACUUUUAUUCCAGUGAUGUGUCCUUGGGCUACUUGAUACUUUCUGUGAAGUAUGAACAGUCUGAGAAACAGGAAAAUCUACGUUUGUUGCUGAGGACACGAACUGGUACCAAACAUGAUCUGAUCCCCAUUUCCUGUCUAAAUGAGUUUCCUAAUGCUGUCCAGAUGGCAAAGCUACUGUGUGAAAAUGUGAAUGUUGAACGCUUCUUUCCUGUCCUCUAUCCCAAGGCUUCACAGCUUAUUGUUGCAUUUGAUGAACAUGUCAUAAGCAAUAACUUCAAAUUUGGGGUAAUCUACCAGAAACCUGGACAGACAACUGAAGAGGAAGUCUUCAGUAACACGGAAGAGAGUCUGGGAUUCCUGGAGUUCUUGGAUUUCCUUGGUGACAAGAUUCAGCUGCAGGAUUUCCGUGGGUUCCGGGGAGGUUUGGAUGUCAUCAGAGGUCAAACGGGCACCGAAUCAGUUUAUACAAAUUUCCGGGGCAAAGAAAUCAUGUUUCAUGUAUCUACAAAACUGCCCUUCGCUGAAGGAGAUUCCCAACAGCUUCAGCGGAAGCGUCACAUUGGGAAUGACAUUGUAGCCAUCAUCUUCCAGGAUGAAAGCACACCUUUUGUGCCUGAUAUGAUCGCUUCUAAUUUCCUACAUGCAUAUGUGGUAGUUCAGCUCACUCACAGCAGUAGUGGGGAGACCCUCUACAAGGUUUCAGUCACAGCCCGAGAUGAUGUGCCCUUCUUUGGACCUUCUCUACCAAAUCCAGCCAUAUUUAGAAAGAGUACAGAGUUUCGUGAAUUCCUUCUGGUCAAGCUCAUCAAUGCUGAAUACAGCUGCUAUAGAGCUGAAAAAUUUGCUAAACUAAAGGAGAGAACCCGAAGUGCUCUCUUGGAGAGCCUUUUUGAGGAGCUGCAGCUUCGCAGCCGUUGUAUGAUGGGACUGCCCGUAGAAGAAGAUGACAAGACAGAGAAUGGCAGCGGGGGCUUCUUUGAGAAUUUCAAGCGGGUGAUCAGAGGCCGCAGCCAGAGCCUGGAUACCAUGGGGAUAUCCAUGAGAAAGCAGCAGCCAGCCACCAUGCCCAGCCGCCCGACGACAGCUGGCCUUGCUCUGAGCCAGAGUGUUGCCGAGGGCCCUAAGGCCAUUGCUGCGUCUUUUGCCUUGCCUGGUAGGAGCCCAUCACGUACUCGAACCAGCCGUUUCCAUGGGCGACGGAGUAGUGCCAUUGGCAUUGAGAACAUACAGGAGGAAAAGAGCAGAGACAUUGCAGAGAGGAUACAGAAGGUGGUAGACAGUCCAGAAACUUUGCUUGACCUGAAAUCUGAUGGAUCAUCCAGUCCCAGUUCCCCAGAGUUCCCCAGCAGGAAGAGCAAACACAUCUGAAUGGGGACAUCAAGCCAAUCAGGAGUGGACCGGAUGCUACUAAUUGCUUACCUCACUGAAGAUACUGGCAGGACAUUUUGGGUGAAAUGAGAGUACUGGCUAAAAGGAACACGAACUUAGAGGACCUCAAGGACUGUGGAAAGACCAAGUGACACCACAUAAUGCUUCACUGGCAGUCCCUGGAGCAGGAAUCACGGAGAGGGAGAAGGACAGAGAGAUUCUAUUGGAGCAUUUUGACUCUAGGGCUUUCCCAUUGUCCAAUCAGCAGUCACUGAACCAGACUCUACAAAUGCUGGGGGAAAGGAGGCUACCUUGAGCAUCUCUUCUUCUCUUCCCUUACAUAUUCAAAAAGAGAAUUAAGUCAAAAGCAGAACACACUUCCACCUCUGUCUCUAGUAAGCACUAGAGAUGGAUUACAUAGUUUAGGAAGUGCAACGCAAAGAAAGAGGAUGAAGAAAUCUGCUGAGGAAGGAUGCUGAGAACAGGAUACUUAGUGGAAAUUUAGGUCCCAGCUCAUUUUAUUGAUUGGCUCUGACAAGAGAGAAGUAUGUUAGCCUUCAUUUCCUUCAAAAUAUAUUUCCUAACUUCUUGAGGAAAUAUCUUCGGCCUAUACUGGCCUUGCCUUUAUUGUCCUCUCUAUUGCAUGCUGGCAUGUAAUAUGCCUGGGGCUUUAGGUUUCAGUACUGCUUGUAGGUCGAGACCGGCCACGUUUUGCAGUGUUUCUGAAGGAAUAAAUAUAUUUAAUAUAUUGAA